AUGCCUGCCUUCGAGACUCGAAUGAAAAGGUUCCGGCGGGCGUUCAGCUCAUUCCGUGCAUUUCACAACGCUAUCUAUCUCGAAAGCUCUUCUUCUUUCUUGGUCAACGAAGAUCUUCUUCCGUCACCGCCGGGCCGUCAGACUUGGAACACCUGGAGCUUCGUCGCCUUCUGGUGGAGCGAGUCAUGGAACGUUUCGACGUGGAGUAUUGGAUCCUCCCUCAUAACCGUCGGCGCGUCCAUUCGGGAUGCCCUCCUGGUUGUGUUCUUUGCUAAUCUACUCUCGGCCACUAUCAUGGUUCUCAAUGGUUAUGCAGCAUCUCGGUACCACAUUGGCUAUCCUGUGUUAUCUCGGGCCAGCUUCGGUAUCUACGGACACUAUUUUGUCAUUAUUCUUCGUUCCAUUCUAGGAAUAAUAUGGGGCGGAGUUCAGCUGUACUUUCAGGGCCAGUUCAUCAGCAUUUGCCUUAGAUGCAUCUUCCCGAGCUGGGAGACAAUCCACAACAACAUCCCCGCUGACCAACACAUUACAACACAGACAAUGGUUGGCUUUUUUCUCGCUUUCUUGUUUACGAUUCCAUUCUUGUUCGUACAUACUUCGCGUAUACAGCAUUUGUUCACUGUCAAAUCCACCGUCCUCCCCCUGGCCGGAUUGGGCAUUGUCAUCUGGGCCACCAAGAGCAACGGGGGGGUCGGCUCAGACUCUCUAUAUUCACAAGCAAAGUCAGCCAAAACAUCAACCUCAGCCUUUGCUUGGGCCAUCGUGUCGCAGUUUAACGCGGUCAUGGGAUCCAACUCGGCUCUCCUCGUAACCAUUCCGGAUAUUGCUCGUUAUUCCAAAACCCGCAGCGCGCAGACAUGGGGUCAACUAAUUGCUCUUCCUAUCGGACAAACCCUCUGUGCAUCCUUCGGAGUUAUCAGUACGUCCGCGGUGCUAAACAUGUACGGUAAGUCAUACUGGAACCCAUACGACCUUCUUAAUGGCAUACUUGACAACGGAUAUACCUCGACCGCCCGCGCUGGUGUCUUCUUCGCUGCCGCUAGCUUCGCUUUUGCCACCCUGGGCACUUCGAUCGCCUGUAAUUUUAUUCCAUUUGCUGCGGAUGUUACCUGCUUGCUUCCAAAGUACUUGAAUAUUGUUAGGGGUCAGUUUGUUUGUCUUAUAAUUGCAUUUGCAAUUGUCCCAUGGAGGAUCGUUGCCACGGCAAAUGGCUUCCUCAACUUCCUCAACGGUUACUCCAUCUUUCAGGGACCGAUCGUGGCCAUCAUGGCUGUGGACUAUUUUAUCCUACGCAGGGGUAAUUUAACAAUCACUGAACUUUUCACGAGAUCUUCGUCAGGUCUAUACUACUAUUUCCACGGAUUCAACAUCCGAGCUCAUGUUGCCUUCGUCAUCGGAUUUCUCCUACCAUUACCUGGAUUUAUUGACAGUUUUGGGGAUGCUACACUUUCUGAAGCAUCCUCAAGACUAUAUUCUCUUGGCUGGGAGUUAAGCUUUGUUAUCGGAGGCGUUGCAUACCUUGUUCUUGGUCUCAUCUGGCCCGUUUCGGGAAAUGAGUAUUCAUUUGGCUUUGAACGGGCACCAAUACAUCACCUUUUUGUUGGCCCAAAUGUCGUGUUGGGGGAGGAUAUUGAAAGUACCAGCCACAGGCGGGAGGAAGAGGGAGAGAAGCUUGGCAGGUUUAAUCUUACACAGGAUUCUGAUGGCAGUCCGUUCUAA